AUGUCCUAUGAGCUGAGGCCCGUGACCCGAUGUCUUCUGGCUGCGACGCCGGUCCUGCAUACACUGCGGGGCCGCAGCCGCGGGGCGGUGGGCGCCCGAGGGGCCGGGAGGCGAGCCGGGGCCCCCAGGAGGGUGUGGGCAUCGUGUCCUCAGCCAGCGUCCCCGAGGCUGCGCUCGGGCCAUGAUCAUUGGGUGAAGCUGCGCCGGGACAGUGCAGCUGACUUCUCGCGCUCUGAGGACCUGUGCGCGCUGCAGGGCUCGGUGCCUCUGCCCGCCGUGCGCGCUUCCCUGCGGAAGGCCCUGCUGGAGUUAAGGCCUCCGCGGGGUAGACUGGGUGCCGCUCCUGAGCACCCGCUGCCCCUGAUCUGUAUCCAGAGCUUCUUCCAGCCACGGCUUGGCGAGACAGGUUGUGGCAGAAAUAAAGUUUACAGAAGUUGUGUUCCUGCGAUAAGAAAUACAGAUGUGACCUUGCAGUUGUGUAAAGCUCUUAAUUGCUGUAGAAGAUUAUUUUUCAAACGGAAGCCUGAUUGCAAUACGGCAAAGCUUGUGCUUGGGCAGCUGGCCACAAUGGCUGGUAUAGAUCAGUCAGAUUUUCAUUUACUAGGUCAUCCCCAGAUGAAUUCUACUGUUAGUAGUCCACGUAAAGAAGAAAAGAAGGCACUUGAAGAAGAAAAAUCAGAAUCAAAACAGGGUGCCCCAGGACAAAUGCAAAACAUCCAAUUUCAGAAAAUUACAGGUGAUGCUAGGAUUCCUUUGCCACUUGACUCGUUCCGUGUCCCAGUGUCUACUCAGGAGGCCUUAGAAACUUCCAAAGACAACCUGGGGGUCCCAGUCACAGAGCAGCGGCAGGUCUUUGAAGAUUUCAUUGUUAGAACAUGUUCUCCUUCAGCAGACGUCAUUUCUGGAACUGGAAGUCAAAGAAAAGAAGAGGAAUUAUCUAGAAAUAGCAGGUCUUCUUCAGAGAAAAUGAGCAAAGCAGGUGAAAAUACCAAAAAAUACUCUGCUAAGAAACAACCUGGGAAGGACCUGCAUUCCUGCUCUGACUCACCUGUAAAGCAGAUAAGCAAAGGAAUUGGGCAAAAUAAUUCUUUGGUUAAUAAACCAAUUAAAAGUGAGUCUUCGAAAAAACACAUUUCUGUUAAGAAAGAGAGUAGAAUAGUGACUGUUUUAUCAAAGACAACUAAAAGUAAACUCAAUCUACUAGAACAUUCUGAAAGUGAUACUCUUGGAUCUGAUUGUGUAUUUCAAGAAAGCAUCCAUGCUCUAUCAUGCCUAACAUAGGUCUAAAUCUUUUAA